CUUACGUUCAACCGAUGAACAUUCGUCCCUUGACGUACAACUGCUGUUCUUUGGCUCUCACAUAAGAUCGCCAUUCCAGACAUGUUGGAAGCCAACUGUGAUUCUUCAGCGAAUAUACAGACCACUGACCCUGACCUCAGGACUGAGUUUUCCGUCGAUCAGAUAGUUGCUGACGAAACAGCAUCUCAUGACUGGCUCCCACACAUUGUGCAAGAAACUCUCUCCGAGCUUCCGAACCCUGAAUCGCGCUACAAACUGCAAUCCCUGUUGAAUGAUACGUUCAAGACUGUUCAACUUCAUCAGUCUACCUGUCUCAGUGCCCAGGCCGAAGCUUCUGAAUUGAAAGAACGUUUAAAGCUACUUGAAAUAGAGCUUGGAGACGUGCGUAGCGCUGCUGCAUUGAUGGUUGAUGGUCAGGAUGACGCACUGUCUAACCUGAAACGUCGGUAUGAGGAAGAACUCGCCUCACUGCAGUCAAUUUCACAACACCAGCUUGCCGACCUAGAGGCAGCUGCUGAGAAGAUGUUACAACGCGAACGUGCUCGCUGGGCAGAAGAGCGAAGUGCAUUGCUGUCGCGGUUCGAGGCUCUGCGGGGUUCAGGAAGCCCGGUUUCACGUCGAUUUUCGACUCCCAUUGCCCCUCCAGUUAAUCGGUCAAAUUUUCCUGUGCAGCAUCCACUCACAAGUGAUAAUGCGCUUAUUCGCAUCCCUAGUGGCACAAAUUCUCCAGUCGAAGCAGAAGUGAAUGUAUCUUCCCCCCGUUCUCGUCUUGUGGAUAGUUCAAACCAUUACGGCGAGGCGGACGGUAAUUCCUUCGCCGACAACGAUGAAAUGGGCUUGGUCCGCAUGGGCGCAACAUACAUCAAGCGAUAUGAGGAUGAAAUCGCUCGAUUGCGCAGAAUGUUGGAAGAUUCAGUCUUGCAAAACUACAACAAGACACCUGAUGAAGGUGACCCUCCGUUAUCGGAUUCUGUACAGAAUAAUACUACGGAGAAUCGUGAGACACCGAACUCUGAUUCUAAUGUUGUCCGGCGCGCUAGCCCGACUGACUCGCCCAGUUUCGUGAUGGACGAGCCUCAGACUAGACUUGGUGAGCUUCCAAACAGUCCCAUCACUGAAACUUCAUGGCUUCGUUUGCAAAGAAGGCUAAAGGACACAGAUCAACGUUCUUCGACAGGAUGUGUUAUGUGCUCCAACUAUGAACACCAACUACAAAUUCUACAGUCAAAUCAACAACUGAAGGACAAAACUCUACGGGAGCUGACUAACGAGUUAGCAAAGAAGUCUGGACAAUUGGCAGUGGCCCUCCAGAAUCAAUCUGAUUUGGAGACCGAGCUAAAGUCACGUACAAUCACACAUGCCAAACGAAUAGAAUUGUUGGAAUCAUCAAUAACUCGCUUCAGUGGGCGUUUGGAAGAUUUACUGUCUAAUUACCGCGCUCAUCGGAUGAACACUGAAACCGAUCUUCGACUUCUGACCAUCGAGCGUGAAACCCUUCAGGCCAACAUGGAAACUUUGCAAGCGCAUUACGACGCUCUGAUUGGACGGCGAUCGAAAUCAGCAACUGAAUUGAGUGAACAGCCUAUUCACCUACCCAGUGAUAAAACAGAACUCGAAUUGCUCGCUCUAAAGUUGUACGAAGAAAAUCUAUCACUUCGCACAGCCCGGGAGCAUCUGGAUGAACGUUUGCAAAGUGAGUCACAGUUCAACCAGCAGCAGCUGAAUGCUGAGCGGGCAGAACGAGAGAAUGCAGAGAAUACACUCCAGCGUGAACUGGAUGACACCAAAGCGCGCUUGGCAUCUCUGGCUGAUAUAGUGGCUAAACACGACAAGGAAGCUUCGGCUCGUCUGAAGGCGGAAGAAGAUGUCGAGUCAGUUCGGAAGCAGAUGGAAGAGGUUCAGAUUAAACUGAAUCAAGCGGAAUCCGAGGCCGCCGAAUUGCGUACUGAAGUGUCGAAUUUUCAACAGCGGAUGAUAUGCUUGCAAUCAGAUCUGGACAAUGCGGAGUCCGUGCAAGCUGACUUUGUUCGCCUUUCACAAACCUUACAGGUGGGUUUUGGGUUCCGACGUUGUAAUUGAAUUUAUGCCAGUCAUAUUUCCCGUUGAAUAUACGAUACGGAUUACGUCCUGUAUUCUAGGUUCAGUUGG